CAGGUGAAAGUGAUAGGCACACAAUUGGGUUGUAUGAGGAAUGAAGACUUUUUAACUAAACCUCAAGGCAAUUGAUCUCCUUUUCUGUUAUUGAUAAUUGACUUUUAAUCUGAAAAUAUUCACCUUGGUCAUGAAAGGACUCUUAUUUCCAUCGUUGCUAUACCUUCUAUGGUGUACCUCUUUUGCCAUGGCAUCACAAUGUAAUGUUUUCUCCUCUACAUACGGUAAAUACUUGAAAAACAACUUGGUUCAGUCGAUCCCCAACACCAACCUCCAGAACUGCACGGAUCAGUGUAUUGUGGCUGGUUUCUGUAGAAGCACAAAUUUUCAUUUCGAAAGUAAGACCUGUGAACUGAAUAUUGCUGAUAAACAUGACUUUCCUAACGACUACACAGAGAGACAAGGCUACAGCUAUGGUGGAUGGCGAACGAAAAAGCCCGUUCCACAAUCUUGUUCAGAAGCAAAAGCUAGAAAACGAUCGGCCAAAAGUGGAUAUUACCUUAUCCGGACAAAGCGUGGAAAGAUUUUGACAGUUUAUUGCGACAUGGAAAAAUACGACGGUGGUUGGACUCUAGUUGUGUCAGUUUCAGCCGUUAAUAAUGAUCAUCUUCAAAGAGAAGAAAACAACUGCAUUGUCAAUUCAAGCUUAUGCGUUCAGUACGAGACCACCGCUGUUCAAGCGAGAAAACUUUCUGACCAAGACAUCAUUGAUAUCAUGUCAGAAUAUGGUAAAUAUCAAAUAGUAUUUGUGCUUAUACUUUUGGAGUUGGAGAGGGGGAGGGGGAGGGGAUAG